AUGAAGGGCCUCUUCACAGCUUCAGCAGCGUUGACUCUGGCCAGCGGCACUCUCGCCGGUCCAGUAGCUCCUCGCUCCUCCCUCUUCUUCAAGCCUCUGGCUGUCACUCCCGACUCGGUGCACAACGUCCACAUUGGCUACGGCGAUGAUGCAUUCGAGGGAGAGGUCCGAGUCGUGUACGGCGGCUGCGACAUGGCACGCCUCGACGACAGGCACCAGGAGCUCGGCACUGCUCGAAUAACCCGGUCGUCUCGGCCAGAGCGCUUUGUCUGGAUUGUACCCGACAAUGCCGUCCACGGGGGCUGCCUACAUGCGUACUCUGGAUCCGCGCUGGUUGGCCGCUCUGCUCCCGUCACUGUCAAGCAGCCGACGCGGAAGCGCGAGGAGAUCUCGGAUGUUGCAGACGUGACAGGGCCGUGGUUCGACGGCGUUGCGUACAUGCAAGCGAAGCAAAACAAAGCCUCUUUUGUUGCCGUUGCAAAGAGCAAGAAAAUCGCUAUCCUUGGCGGCGGAAUGGCGGGCCUGAUGACCAGUCUCCUGUUGGAUUCUGUUGGAAUUCACGACUGGCACAUCACCGAGUCUUCACAACGCAUCGGCGGUCGCAUUCGCACCAAGUACCUCGCCGGGAGCACGCCUGAGCAGUACCAGUACCAGGAGAUGGGCCCGAUGCGGUUUCCCGUGUCGACCAGGUACGCAGACACCAACGAGACCGUCGAUAUUGAAGACCACAAGAUGGUGUUUCAGCUUGCCGACGUCUUGAACCAGAUGAACGGCAACGACAGCGCGCUCGCCGUCAACUUCAUCCCCUGGAUCCAGAGCAGCCCCAACGUCCCAGCGAACUCCAACGGCUACCGCUUGCCCAAUGGCCGGAUCCCAAGUGCCGCUCAGCUCCGGGCCAACAGCUCUCUCGCUCUGCCAGCCGCAGUAGGCCCAGACCCGGCAGCCGAAGAGCACGCCGAGGAGGCGCUUGACGAGUUCAAGGGUAUCACCCCAGAGGUGCUGCGCAACAUCUCGACCAACAUCUACCGGGCCCACAAGGCGGCGGUGGAGAAGGGGCUCUUCCAUUGGUCCGAGUCGGCUUACCUUCGCUACGCCCUGAACAUGAGCGCGAACGAGGUCGACUUGCUUGCAGGCACCGACAACAGCCCGAUGUGGGAGUACGACACUGCAUACUUCGGGGCCACGACCUGGCGCACCAUCGACAAGGGUCUGGAGUCCCUCCCGCGAGCCUUCCUCCCACAUGUGCAGGAUCGUCUAACGCUCGGCCGCAAGGUCACCGGCUUGAAGUACAACAACGCCACCGGCAGCGUGUCUGUCCAGUGGCGGAACGACCCGUUUAAGAUGGAGCCUGAGAGCGAGGAGUACGACUACGCGGUGGUCGGCGUGCCGUUCUCCAAGGUGCGGCUCUGGGAGCUGCCCAAGUACUCUUCGCUCCUGUCCCGUGCCAUCUCUUCCAUGAACUACCAGCAGUCCUGCAAGGUGUCGCUCCACUACAAGACGCGUUUCUGGGAGAAGCUGUCCCCGCCCAUCAUCGGUGGCUGCGGCUCGGUCGACAUCCCGGGCAUCGGCUCGGUCUGCUACCCUGCGUACAAGAUCAACUCGACGGGACCUGGCGUCAUCCUCGGGUCCUACGUCUCGGGCACUCCCGCUCGUUCUCUUGCCGCACUCAGCACUGCCGACCACGUGGCUUACGUGCAGCGCGCGAUGGUCCAGGUCCACGGAGAGAUUGCUGCAGAACAGUUCACCGGCGCGUACGACCGUCAGUGCUGGGAGGUCGACGAGCAUCAGGCCGGUGCAUGGGCGGAGCCUAUCGUUGGACAGCAGGAGCUGUAUCUCCCCGCGUACUACCAGACCGAGAUGUCGACAAUCUUUGUCGGCGAGCACACUUCCUACACGCACGCCUGGAUCUUCAGUGCGCUCGACUCGGCAGUACGCGGCACGUCGCAGCUGCUGUUAGACAUGGGGCUGGUGGAUGAGGCCAAGCAGAUUGUCGAGACAUGA